UUUCCCAACACCUGCUCAUCCCUCAUUCUUCAUCUCUCUUCCUUAAACCCGAUCGGACCACACCGCCAUGACCAUCGUAGGAACCAUCUACUCGUAUCCUCAGAACCCCCGCGUGUUCAAGUCCCUAAUCGUUGCCAAGUACAAUGGCCUCGAGAUUAAGGUCGAUGACAAGUUCGUUAUGGGCACCACCAACAAGACUCCUCAGUGGCUCGCAAAGUUUGGCGCAUCUCAGGUGCCAGCUUUCGAAGGAACCGAUGGCACAGUCAUUAUCGAGUCUGGGGCCAUCGCCUACUAUUUGGCCCAUUAUAAGGAUGACUCGUCCUUAAUUGGUCGCUCCAAGGCCGAGGAGGCCCAUAUCCAGCAGUGGAUCCAGUUCGUCGACAUCUCCGUCGGACCGUCCCUUGGCCAGUGGAUCAUCCCUUUACUCGCCCCCGAGCGCGUGCCAUACAACAAGGCAACCGAGACUCAGGCUAUCGAGAGAGUCAAGACUCAGCUUCAGACACUGGAGCGCCAUCUGGUCAAGAAGACUUACUUGGUUGGAGAGCGCGUUACUCUGGCCGACAUUUCUGCUGCAAUCACACUUUAUAAUGGCUUCAAGAAUGUCUUUGACGCUACAUUCCGCAAGGAAUAUCCCGCGGUCACCCGCUGGUUUACCACCAUUGUGAACCAGCCCAACUUCAAGACCGUCGCAGGCGAAUUUCAGCUCUGCGAGGCUGCCCUCAAGUUCACCCCACCCAAAAAGGAUACCAAGGAAAAGAAGCCCAAGGAGGAGAAGCCCAAGGCUGCUAAGGAAGAGAAAAAGCCCAAGGCAAAGGAGCCCGAGGAAGAGCCCGAGGAGAAAUUCGAGGAUGCACCCAAGCCCAAGUCCAAGCUGGAUCUCUUGCCUGCUGCCAAGAUGCCACUCGAUGAGUGGAAGCGUCAGUACUCUAACAACGAUACUUCUGUUGCGAUGAAGUGGCUCUGGGAGAACAUCGAUCUCACUACGGACUAUUCGAUCUGGAAGGUUGACUACAAGUACAACGACGAGCUUACAAAGCUCUACAUGUCCAAUAACCUCGCAGGUGGCCUGAUGAACCGCCUCGAGCGCGCGCGCAAGUAUGCAUUUGGAUGCCUUGUCGUCGCUGGCGAGGACAAUGCCAACAUCAUCACCGGCUACUUCAUUGUGCGCGGUAACGCAGACGAGAUGAUUGAGGAGAUCACAGAUGCUGCGGACUAUGAUUCCUACAACUGGGUCAAGGUCAAGGUUGAUGAUGCAGAGAAGAAGAAGAUCGACCAGGUCUUUGCCUGGGAGGGCUCCGUCGAUGGCAAGCCCAUCAAGGACGGAAAGGUCUUCAAAUAAGCCAAUGAUACAAUGUUUGGUGAUGCAGUUUUUCAUUUUUAUUCGUUCUGCAGACAUUCAAUAAAUUUCGGUGCAAUUUUUGCCACCAAGAAUUUU